GGAAAAACUACAUCUUCUCCCAUAAUGCACUUCCUCGUUUUAUUCCCAUCAGUCACCGCUGCGAGCUCCUUGCACCAGUCAAGAUGGCGGACAGACCAGUUCCUGUAGUUGAGAAGCGUCUGAUGGAUGUGAAGCUGGGUGAGCUGGGAACUUGGCUUGGAGGUCGAGACUUCACCCCCAAUGGCCUCAUCUCAGCCUUGCGCAAGGGCCAUGACAGAUACUACAACAAGUACAUCAAUGUGAAGAAGGGAGGCUUCGGUGGCAUAGCUAUGCUGCUGGCUGGCUACGUAGCCCUCAGCUACCUGUGGGAAUACGACCACAUCAAACACGAUCGCUGGAGGAAGUACCACUAAACCCCUUCAGCAGCCAUCAGACCAUCAGGGGUUGAACAUAGAUCUCUUUGCUCCCCCUGCUCUUUCUACCCUCAGCUCUGUAGUGUUAAUAUGUGACUGUUGUGACCAAUAAACAAUGUAAAGAUUUA